UUACCUUUUCUUAGGGGACUUGCCACAAUGUUUAGGAACUUGCUCUAAUGUUUGGGUCUUUGCUACAAUGUUUCUUUGGGGCUUGCUACAAUUUUUGGAGCUUGUCGCAACUAGGGACUUGCUACAAUGUUUGAGCAUUUACUUUGCUAUUUCUUAGGGGAUUUGCCACAAUGUUUGGAGACUUGCCACAAUGUUUGGGUGUUGGCUAGGAUUUUUUUUGGGAGACUUGCUGCACUGUUUGAUGCCUUGCUAAACUGUUAGACGUUUCCUUCCAAUCAGGACGCUGAUUGUUGCUGCCAGGUGACAGCUAUGGGGUUAAUAAUGUCUGGGUGGGGUUUGAGUUGAGGAAAGGAUGUGACCAUUGAGCCAGGAAGCUACAAGGGAGAAAGUCAGAUUAAAAAAAAAAAAAAAAAAACAACCCCUACAUGCUUGAGUUCUUUUAUGAUUAUGUGCUCAUGAGCUUUUCUGAGCCCAAACAAGCCCAUAACCACUUCCGGGUGAGUGAAAAGCUGGCUGGCAGAGGCUCUCACCUGUGGGGACCGCGGCAGGCAGCAGGGCCUGGAUUCUUUGGAAGAGUUUGUUUUUAAAUCCAAGCAAAUGGCUGGACCUGAGUCCGGAAGAAAGCGGCUGAAGACAGUGCAUGUAGACCCUGACUGGCCUGGGACAAGUUGACCGCAGGAACCAGACCAGACAGGACAGGAAAGAGCAGAGCUCCUGGCUUUGCUGCAGACCCUCUGGCUAAGCUCUCGGGGGAUUCCUCUGGACCGGUCCUGACUGGGAGUAAAGCUGAUAUCGGCCUUCAUCUGAGCAGUUCACAGAGAGAGAUUCCAGAAUAAAGGUCAUGGCAGAUCUCUGUGACACGGCUCCCACCAUCCUUUACCCCUUGAAGGAUCAGGUCCUGGUGCCAACCCUGGGUAGCAAGAUCACUCUGAACUGCACGUUCUCAGUGGCAUUUGAGCGCCACUGCCCCCCUGCUAUCCAGUGGCUGAAGGAUGAUCACAUGCUGGGGAAUCACAGCCUCUAUGACAUUCAGGAAGUCUUCUGGGAUGGGGUUAAUGCAUCUGAAAGGCUUGUGUCCAGUACCCUGGGAGUCAACCUAACAAGUGUCCAGGACUAUGGGACCUUCACCUGUGCACUCCGGAACUGUAGCACCUCAUUCACUCUGCAGAGGACAGAUCCUGCUGGCCACGUUCUAGCUGUCCUAGCCUCCCUUCUGGUCCUGCUUAUCCUGCUCGUGGCUGCCCUGCUUUAUGUAAAAUGUCGCCUCCGUGUGUUGCUCUGGUACCGGGACAAGUAUGGGGAUGUGGAAAUGAAUGAUGGGAAGCUCUACGAUGCUUACAUCUCUUACACCAGCUCUCCAGAAGACAGGAAGUUUGUGAACUUCAUCCUGAAGCCCCAGCUGGAGAAUCGGCACGGCUACAAGCUUCUCCUAGAUGACAGAGAUGUCCUUCCUAACUCAGAGCCCUCUGCAGACCUGAUUAUGAACCUUAGCCGGUGCCGGCGGCUUAUUGUGGUCCUCUCAGAUGCUUUCCUGGCUCAGGCCUGGUGCAGACACAAUUUCAGGGAUGGCCUAUGGAGGCUCCUCGAAUUGUCCCGAAAGCCCAUCUUCAUCACAUUUGAGGGUCAGACCCAUGUUUCCUCACACCCCGCUCUCCGACUGCUUCGGCAGCACCGACAUGUUGUGACCCUGCUGCUGUGGAGGCCAGGCUCUGUGACACCCUCCUCUGAUUUUUGGAAGGAACUGCGUCUAGCCCUGCCACGAAAGGUGCACUACAGGGCCCUGAUGAGUGACCCCCAGACUCGGCUGCAGGGGGACAAAGACCCCAUGCUGACUCUUCAUGGUGGCUUCCUGGAGGGUCGAGCUGGUCCAGACCCAGACCCAGACCCCGAUCCCGAAGGAGACUUGGGUGUUAGAGGACCCAUCUUUAAAGACCUCCCCCCUCCACGCAUGAACCCUAUCCCCGAGCUGCCAAGCCUUAAGGCUUCUGGUGGAGAAACCCAGCGGAAUGAGAUCGACGUCUCUGACCUGGGGUCCCGCAACUACGGGGCCCGCACUGACUUUUACUGCCUGGUCACUGAAGAUGACAUGUAGGCCGUGAAGGGCGUCCCACCUGCCCUUGCUCAGAGGAGGAGAGCCUUGGAAAUGGGGGGGUCGGGGCCUCAGGUUUGGGGAAAGAGCCUUGGACAAGGGGGACCCUUGGGGGGGCAGAACCUUGGUCUGGGGAGCAUGACCUUGGAUGGGGGGCAGCAGUGAAGAGAAGAGCCCUUCCUUCUUCUAAAUCACAAGUGGGUGCAACUGAGCCUCUUCUUCCGUGGAACGAGAGCCUGGGCUGAGUGACCCCUGAUAAUUCUUCCAGCCUGAGGUGUCGGCCCCUGGGGCCCUGCUCCAUCUCGUGAGAUACAGGCCGCCCAGAGCCCAGCUGGCCUCGAACCCCGGGCUGCAUCCUUUUCCUCCGUUCCCCCAAUAAAGUGACAAUUCCUGCA